AUGUACGAUGGAAUGGACAAGCCGUUAUUUGGCGAGGCAAGGCCCAGGGUAUGUGCAAUUUCGCAAUGUUUUGGAGUCGUAAAUGCGCGGAAGUGUUUAACAGAGAGGUCACGAGCUUUUGCCAUACUACGUAAUUGCGUGCAAUAAAACUCCGGUAAAAUAACGAAAAGUUACCGUUUAUUGUGACGGGAGUACAUACUUUAUAUCGACGUCCAAUAACUGGGCCAAAAAAAAUACCAGAGUGUUUGUUGUGCCAAAGGGGCUAAUUACAUGUAAGCUUAUGAAUCGAUAUUCCGCUAAAUAGUAUAUCCUUUCAUAGUAAUAAUUUCUUUGUUUACUGGAAGUUAGUGAUUUGAGCAAAACUUGAGUGCACCUUUAUUUUUUCAUGUAAAGUAGGGAAAUUCUGACGAAAAAAUAUUUGAAAAUCUAAAAAUUUAUUUUUUUAUACUGGUAGUUUAUAUUAUUUGAUACAAGAAUAUGUUGUCAAUUGCCACUACUUCAGUGUUACUAAAUAAGUGGCAUACAUGUGAGUUGACCUCAGAUUUAUGAAGAAUUCUUUUUUUUUUUUUUACCAGAGCAAUAACAUCAAUUUCGUACUGUGAAUGUUAGAUGCAAUUGUAAAAUUAUGCUAUUAAACUUUUUUUUCUUCGCUUUUCCUGAAAGGUUGCUUGUAAUGCAGGCUAUACUUCAACACAUCCUGCUCAUUAACAUUGUUUUCUGUUGUUUGUUAAAUUUUACUUUUUAUUGACUUAUUGUUCCUCUGUGUUGGCAGGAUCGAUACUUGAAUUAUUUCAUUGGAGGUGCUACCGUCAUUUUAGUUUCUGUAAGUACUAUCCUAGGCCAGAAAAGCAAAACACUCAUGUAUUGUAUCCUCAUUUUUCAAAAGAUACAAGUAACAUACACUGUAUCAGUACAUGAACCAUUAAAAUGUAAAUGUAUUACACUAGUUUACAUGUUAAGUCAGCAAUAAUUUUGUUUUGCGAUAGACCAUUUUACAGUUGUAGACGGCCGUUAACAAAACCCGGAUCGGAUUGCUCGGAUCGGAUCGGAUUGUGGAUCGGAUCGGAUCGGACUGACAAUUCGCCUUAAAUUCCCGCCAAAAUGGUCACGUGACAUCCCCCGGAAUGAAGAUGGCGGAGAGAAGAGUAUGUAUACAAUCUUCUGUAACUAAUUUAGUGUUUCUUCUCUUUUUUUUUAUUGUAAAGUGAUCUCGUUAUUUUCUGAGCCUACUUGAACGGAGGUGACAUUUAAGAUGUCAUUCGCUUAUUGACAACAAGUCGUCGCUAUCGUACCUUGCUUAUUACCGCGAUUUUCUUAAUCGUCUCCUCUGAAAAGAAGCAUUCAAUCCAAGCUCAGUGAGAAAGAAGACCAAUUCAGAAGAGAGUGGAGAUGAAAAGAAAAACAAAAUCAUUGCAAUGAGAGAUACGUACAUCUCUGUCCGCCAUCUUCGAUUCGGGAGACGUCACGUGACCAAGCCUCUUUUUGGAAUUGUAAUCGUAUGAAGUUAUGCAACAGAAAAUUUCCCAGUGCAGUUCAGUUGAAAAUAAUUCUUUGCGAUGAUUUUAAAGCUGAUGGUGAAUUUUAAGCCUGGUGAUACAUGAGAAACUAUUUUUUUGGUAUUAGUGACACAGGCGGCUCGGAAGAAAAAAUCCGAGUCGAACCGGUUAGACUCACGUUGUGAGAACUCGGCUUUCUUAUUCCGAGCCACCUGUGUCAUUGUUAAAGCAGCUUUUGUCAAAAUAAUUCUUCUGCACCAAAAGCGAAGACACUAGUCCGAUCCGUAAUCCGAUCCGAUCCGAUCCGAUCCGGAGUCCGAUCCGAUCCGAUCCGAUCCAAGCAAUCCGAUCCUGGUUUUGUUAACGGCCGUUGUGGACUUCGUACCCUAGCCUUUGAGUGAAUGUGAGGCUGACAGUGAUGUUGUUUUGAUACAAACCUCCUUUGCUUUGUUAUAGAAAUUGUCCUUGAAAAAAUACUGGUUAGCAUACGAAUACCUUGAUUAACAUAAUAAAGCAGGAAGGUUUGUAUCAAAACAAGGUCACCGUCAGCCUCCCUUCUAUCCAUAACUGUAAAAUGGCCUAUUCUUGAGUCUCAUAAUGCAAGCCACUCAAAUCUUGAGUCACAUCCAGAUAUACCGCUUUAUUAAAGAGCCAGCUGCUAGCUAAUUUUACUGAUUGAAAGAGAGUUUAUCACUGGCUUAAAUUAUUCUGGAAAACAAAACCACGGAGUAAUUGACUAACUAAAUAUCACGUGUAAAGCCUUGUUGGUUCCUUAGUUUUUCAGUCCUAAACAUGAUAAUAUUUUAUCCUUCCUUUCCAGGAGACACUUAUUAGUUCAUUGAUUUUCCCGGACUUUCCUCCUGCUGCCAUAAAUGUAUUUCUUGCCUUUAUUAUUGCAUUAAUCUGUGUAUCAGAACUUACACUGGUGAGUAGAAUCAAUAAGGAAAAUUUGAAAGCAAUUGAUAUUUACUUACAUGUAGCAGAUACUUUUCCCAGUAAUCUGAUUGGUCAACUUUGUCUAAGUAGCCCCGGGUUACAGUAGUCGCACCGUAUAAACUGCCAGAAAACUGCUACAUUACCAGGUCAAACUUCUCAAGAUUACUCAAGACAGAUCCUUGCUAUAAUGAAGUUGCCACCUUCCACAAGUUUGUGCUUGUGAGUGCUCAUGGUGAUUGAUACUUAGAUCAUAUACCAAGACCUAGAUUGUAUACCAAGGCCUACAGAGAUAGAGCAUGCGCUGUUCAUGCACCAAGAGAAUGGAACUUAAUACCCUAUGAAAUUCGGAAUUCCAACACCAUCUCGAGUUUUAAAAGAUCACUUAAGACAUACUUGUUUACUAAAUUCUGUAAUAACAGAUCAUUGUUUCUAUAGAUUUGUAUAUAUUGUGUUAGUUUUAAUUUUUCCCUUUUUUAAUCAUUAUGAAUAAAAUAGUUUAAUAGUUUUUUUAGUUUUUGUUUUUUCCUUUUUUUUACUCAUUAUAAAUAUAAUUAGGAUAUGGCUGUAAAGUUGUAAAUAUUUAUCAAUAAUGUUUUUUACAUGACUGUAAAGCUCCUUGAACAUAGGAUAAGAGCGCUAUAGAAAUAAAGUUAUUUAUUUAUUUAUUUAUUUAUUUUAUUUAUACCUAUAGCAGAAAAGUCAUAUGCAGCAUUUUGCCCUCCUUGCUAAUCCAAAUUCAUUUUCUUGACAAGUGGUCUCUUUUCUUUUCUUUCCAGAUAUAUUGGUACAGACAAGGUGAUGUUGAUCCCAAGUUUAGAAAGAUGAUUUACUUCAACUCAUUCACAACUGUUUUGCUUUGCAUAUGUGCAAAUGUUUACUUUCACAAAAAAUGGACUAAUUGUCCUGACAAUAGCUGA